AUGCUCUUCAUCGAAUCGGCGUUCCUUGUCCUAACCAGCUUGUCGGCGGCUGAAGCGGCAACGCCGUUUGAAGGAGGCGUCAAACAAAAAGUAUUUCAUUCCGCCGGACACAUUGAUGACUUCAUCGUCUCAAGGGAUCAACAGACGAUCUACAUAGCCUCUAUCAAUCGAAUCACCUCCUUACACUCUUCCAACCUUUCUAUCCAAAACGAAGUCUCCAUUGGCCCGGUUCAAGAUUCUCCAUGGUGCUCAGCAGAUGGAAAAUCUUGUUUAAAAGACAAUCGUCCAUUCUCCACCGAUGUUCACACGAAAAUCCUACAAAUCCUUCCAUCGGGCCAACUCCUACAAUGCGGUUCUGUGAAGCUUGGCUCUUGCUCUACAUUCAAUUCAAAACUUUCUCUAAUAACUGAAGCCAGUACCCCAGUUGCUGCAAACUCUCCAGACGCAUCUACAGUGUCUCAAAUAAUUGAUAAUCGGCUCGUGGUUGCAGCGAGUCCAACGAAAGAGUCCCCCGGUUGCAAUCCGAAUUUGCCAGGAUUGAAUGUGGAGAAUGCGGGAGAUUUGGAAGGAGAAGCUGCUGUCUACUUGAGAGCCGCCUAUCGGAGCUCUUUUCGAUUCGUUACAACAUUUUCUCACCAGCAUUUCAUUUUUGUGGUUGCCACCGUUACUCCAAGAGAAACAAGACUUCCAGUGACCACUAGAUUGAUAAGAUUCUGCAAAAAUGAUACAAAAUUCGUGUCAUAUUCGGAAAUCGAGCUUCAGUGUCGUGGAGAAGACAACACGAACUACCCAUUUCUCACAGCUGUCGUUCAAACUGGUGACAAGCUUAUUGCAUCAUUUUCGGCUUCUCCAACGUCUUCGAAAAACUCAAUCUGCGUGUUUUCGAUGCAAAAAGUGAAGUUGACGUUUUGGUACAAUGUGGAUAGGUGUAGAAGUGGAACCGACUCGAUCAAACUGUCACAUAUUGGCAGGGACACCAAAUGUGUUAAUAAAGCCCACAUUCCACUAGACGAAGAUAGUUGCGAGCUGGGAGUCGGUGGAUCUAUUGAGCUGGUUGAGAUGUCUACGAUAGACGUCUUGGCGAAAGUGACAAGUCUCAUGGCCGUGGAUCAGAAGGCGUUGUUUGCUGGAACAUCUUCAUCACAGAUUGUAAUGUUAAAAUGGGACGAGCAAAACUCCAACAAACUCGAGGAGUACGGUAGAAAAGAAAUUGGAGAUGGGCGGACGGGAAGUGAAGUUGUCAAAAUGACCAGAUUUGGAGAUUUUAUAUUGGUACAAAUGCCGUAUGGGAUUGUCAUGGAGGAGCUAUCGACCUGCGCUCAUCACGAGUCAUGCACGGAUUGUCAAGUUUCUGUGGAUCCUCUCUGUCAAUGGUGUCACCCAACACAGUCAUGCACAACAUCGUCAAGAUGUUCUGGACCAUUGACCACCCAAUGCCCUAUCGUCGAUGGUGACCCCAUUCCUUCAAUGGUAUCUGUGAACUCUUCUACCUCUAUUUCCUUCAACAUCCAUCACCUCCCACCACCCGUCGGUUUCGUUUAUAAGUGUUAUUUUGGCUCCAAGUCUCACUCAAAGUCCACAAAAGCCACCUGGACAGCAUCUGGAAUUUCUUGCCCUUCUGAAAUGUUUGGUUCUCCAAAAACAUUCGAAAUCUCUCUUAUGACGUCGAUUUCAAAAAAUCCCAUCAGCCGACACAACUUUACCGUCUUCGACUGCGCCGGUUACAGUACCUGUUCCACAUGUAUGUCAUCGGAAUUCGGAUGCCAAUGGUGCUCUCACAAAUGCUCCUCGUCUUGUGGAUCUGCUUCAGCCAAAGCUUGUGUCAAAAUUCAGCCUAUGAAAGUUCCAAUCGCAAUCGGAUCUCAACAAGAAAUUGUGCUAGAAGCUUUGAAUCUGGACACUCUCGACAGAAAAACAGAGCAUUUUUGUAAAGUGAAUGGACAAGUAGCUCCUGCGAAGAUAGCAAGUGAUAGUAUCAGAUGUGGGAAGAUUCAAUUAGCAGGGAGCAAUGAAACAAAUGCCAAUAUGGUGGUCCCAUUGAGUUUGAUGGCCAACGAUGUGGUUGUGGAUAUUGCGAACGUAUCCCUCUACUCCUGCUCAAAUUUGGCUGCCGACUGCUCAAGCUGUCUUGCUUUGUCCCCAUCAUUGUCAUGUGGUUGGUGCAACAGGAAGUGCUCUCAUGAGUGCCACGAAUCAAAAGCCACCGCAGUAUGUGAUCCGCCGAAGAUCGAUAGGUUCGAACCAUCAAGUGGACCUGUCGAAGGUGGAACUGUCAUUAAAGUCUAUGGAAACGAUCUUGGAAUGUCUGUAGAAGACGUACGUGGCAAGAUCUACGUGGCUGGCUCCAGAUGCAACAUUGUGGAAUAUCAAGUCUCCAAUAUGAUAGCGUGUCAAGUCGACAAAGGUGUCAGCUCUGGACCAAUCAAAAUAUCAGUCGGACGCGCAACGAUGGCAGUUGCAGAGAGUUCAGAUUUGUUCUCAUUUGUUCGAGUCUCCAUCUUCUCUGCUUAUCCAUUAUACGGUCCAAUUUCUGGAGGAACACGAAUCACACUUUACGGUCAGAACUUGUCGAGUGGUUCUCGGAUAAGCGUCACUGUUGGCGGUCUUCCGUGUCCUAUAGAAAGAAUCAACUCAUCAACAGUUCUCACUUGUCUCACUCCUUCUGGUUCCAGUAUUGGAAAGUCUGCAAAAGUGGUCGUCCACGUGGAUCACUCCCAGAUCCAGCUUGAUCAGCCAUUUGAAUAUCGAUCGGAUCCAUCAGUCAACUCCAUCUUCCCAUUGUCCUCUUUUAAAGCUGGAGGACGAAUCGUCUCGGUCCAAGGGUCCUCCUUCAACACUGUUCAAUCUGCUAGAAUGUUCCUUAUUUCGUCUCCAACACCUCCAUUUGAAAUCAUCUCCGAUCUGGCACCAUGCCACAUUAUCAAUUCAACUUUGAUGACUUGUAUGACCCCAAAAAUUUUGGAGACCAUCACUAGAAGAGUGGAGUAUACCAGACAACCAGUUGGAUUUUUAAUGGAUAAUGUGACUGCUGUGGCGAAUCUAGGAAGACGAAUUCAAAUGUCUGUGUACCCGAACCCCAGUCUCUCUCCGUUCAAAGGCAUCCGAUACCAUCAAGGAGAACAAUCAUUAAUUUUGGAAGGACACAAUUUAAAUCUUGCCGCUGAACCCAACGACUUCAAGAUUUUCGUCGGAAGUGAGAGAUGCUACGUGACACUUGUAGAUGUGAGGCAACUGGUAUGCUCUGGUCCACUGAAACAACCAAAGCCAACGGAUGAGAGAGGCGUUCCGAUCAAUGGAGACAACCCAUUGGUCACAGUUAUCGUUGGAUCACUUCGAAUGGAAUUGGGUCUUAUUGAGUACUCGGAUCACGCAUUACCAUCAAGACUAUCAUUCCUGAUCCUUGGACUCUUACUCUUCACUGUCAUCACUCUUAUUGUGAUGUGUUUGAUCUUCAAGAGACGCCGUCAAGAAAGAGAGAAAGAGUAUCGGAAGAUUCAGCUACAGAUGGAAAAUUUGGAGAACAAUGUAAGAAAAGAAUGCAAACAAGCAUUCGCUGAACUUCAAACCAAUCUUGUGCUAUCUCCAAAAUCAACUGGCACCAUCACGUCUCCAGAACUUAUACACUUCCCGCAUUUCGUGGAAAAUCUGUUAUGGGCGGAUCAGAACCUGACAUCAGCUCCAAGUCUAGCAAGAACUCUUCCAGUGACGCUUGCUCAAUUCCAUGCUCUUCUUAGCUUCAAAGGUUUCAUAUUCACUAUAGUAGAAGCCGCAGAAUCAGAUGUAUCUAUUUCCACGUCAGAGAAAUCUACAUUAGCUUCUCUUCUGAUUUCUGUCUUACUCCGAAACUUUUCCUAUUGCACUGAAAUAGUCGUGGACCUUCUAAAAGCCCAUAUCGCACGAUCUGUACAAGCAAAACGGGCCGAGCUUCUUUUCCGGAAUAGUGACUCGGUGGUUGAAAAAAUGUUCUCGAAAUGGAUGAGUAUUUGUCUGUACUCUCAUUUGACACCUCAAAUGAAUUCGUACUUCUACUUGUACAAAGCACUGCAGUACCAGACGGAUAAGGGACCAGUGGAUGCUGUGACUGGAGAUGCGAGGUACACGAUCAAUGAGGCAAAGUUGUUGAGGGAAAGUGUGGAGACGAAAACUUUGAAAAUCCACAUUGUCCCAUUUGAAAAAUGCGAUGAGACCACUCACCUAGAAGUUCAUGCCUGCGACGCCAUCUGUCAGUUGAAACAGAAAGUUGCAUCGGCGGUCUACAAAGAGACUCCAUAUUCACAAAGACCGAGAAUAACACAGUUUGAGCUCAAACUCAAAUGUGCAAAACGAGGAGAUAUCAAGCUGACGGAUGUGUCAGCAGUAGAGACCUUAUCUCAGAAGAAGCUUCCUGUAAAGUUAUUGACACUGGCGGAUUAUGGUAUUCAGGAUGGUGCAACUCUGGAAAUGACAUCUGCGGUUUAUACAGCGGAAAGUUAUAGGAACUCCCUAGCAGACUCUGGUCAAUCGUCAUGGUCUUCUUUGGAUCGGUGCUCUCCAAUCUACUCUUCUUCAAAAUACUAUCACCUAACGAAUCCCUCAUCUGGAACUAUGACAUUUAAGAAGAGAACUUCUCCUUCGGAAAUUCCAAAAUCAAUUCCUGAAGUCUAUUUGACACGUCUUCUUACCAGUAAAGGAACCGUAGAAACUUAUGUAGAAGACUUCUUGGAAUCCGUUCUCUACAUGCAUGACUCUUCCUAUCCACCAAUUCUCAAAUUCUUUUUUGAUAUUCUGGAUCGAGAAGCUUCCAUCAACGGAGUCUCUGAGAAUAUAUGUCAACAAUGGAAAGCGAAUGGAUAUGUUUUGAGGAUGUGGACGAACUUUGUGAAGAAUCCACAACUCGUAUUCGAUGUUCCACAUUCGGUGUCAAUGGAUGCGAAUCUGAGUACAGUGGCGCAAACGAUGAUGGAUUGCUUCUCAUUCUCCGAACCUGUCCUCGGCGCUCACUCUCCAUCAUCUCGUCUUCUGUUCGCUAAAGAUGUCGCGAGACUCCGCCCACUUUCCGUUGAUUUAUUCAAACGUGUCAAAAACAGUCCACCACUGGGUAUGGAGGAGUUGAGGACAGAAUUGGUGAAUAUGGCCAAUGACGUCUCCACAUGCAAAGGAUCCUCUCUGGCGCUCUCCGAACUUCUCUCAUGGGUCCGAGGCAACGGUAUUCGGAUAUCCCAGCUGUUGUCCUCCAACCAAGAGACCAGUCAACAACGGUUACCUCAGAAGCUGUCACAAGUUUUGCAUGUCUGUCUAGAAACUGACAAUCACAUCUAUUCGACGAUUUCUGAUUAUGACUGA